AUACAGUCGAUUUCUGAAGACCAUGGCAUUGGCAAGGAUAGCAAGGACUGGCCUAAGGCGCUCUGGAGGCACCGUUGGCCCUUACACAACUGACCACUGUAGUCUCUCCACACAAACAAACCCUUCGUCAAUAAUUGGAAGUGUCACUCCAAAUGGAAACAUGGAUCAUCUCUCAACACCUAAAAAGGUGAACCAAACAAGUCUUGAGAGCACAGGCAUGAGGUUUGCCCCUCAGUACCGGUUUUCACAUUCACAAGCACAAAGGGUGCAGCCACUUGAUUUGCAAUCUGAGAGCCCGAAGUACCCCACAUUGGAAGCUACAAAACCAGGUGAGAAGCCUAGAGUGGUUGUGCUCGGUUCGGGUUGGGCAGCUUGUAGAUUCCUUAAAGGGCUCGACACGACUGUGUACGAUGUUGUUUGCAUCUCACCUAGGAACCACAUGGUCUUCACCCCUUUGCUUGCUUCAACUUGUGUUGGGACCCUUGAGUUCAGAACGGUUGCUGAACCAGUGCUGUGUGAAACGAUUGGUAACGGUGGACAAAUUCGGGAGCCUUAUCAGUUUAAAGUUGCUUACGACAAGCUUGUGAUUGCUUCUGGGGCUGAGCCUUUGACCUUUGGUAUAAAGGGUGUUAAGGAACAUGCCUUUUUUCUCCGUGAAGUUAAUCAUGCUCAAGAGAUCAGGAAAAGGCUUCUCUUGAACCUCAUGCUUUCUGAAAAUCCAGGUGUAUCUGAAGAAGAGAAGGAGCAGCUUUUACAUUGUGUUGUCAUUGGAGGAGGGCCCACUGGGGUUGAAUUCAGUGGCGAGUUGAGCGAUUUUAUUAUGAGAGAUGUUCGCCAAAGAUACGCACACGUUAAAAACUAUAUACGUGUUACCCUUAUAGAGGCAAAUGAGAUUUUAUCCUCAUUUGAUGUGGGAUUAAGAGAAUAUGCAACAAAACAUUUGACCAAGGUUGGGGUGCGCCUUGUACGUGGUGUUGUGAAAGAGGUACAUCCUAAGAAAAUAAUUCUAAGUGAUGGAAGUGAAGUUCCCUAUGGGCUCCUAGUUUGGUCUACCGGAGUUGGGCCAUCUGAAUUUGUAAAAUCUCUACAUCUCCCAAAGUCCCCUGGUGGAAGAGUUGGCGUGGAUGAAUGGCUGCGGGUCCCAUCGGUGGAUGAUGUUUUCGCACUUGGCGAUUGUGCUGGUUUUCUUGAACAGACCGGGAAACCAGUCCUGCCUGCCCUUGCUCAGGUUGCAGAAAGACAAGGGAAGUACCUUGUUGAGCAGUUCAAUAGAAUUGGAAAGAAAACCGGGGGAAAAGCGUUAUCUGCAAAAGACAUACCUUUGGGAGACCCUUUUGUGUACAAUCACCUCGGAAGCAUGGCUUCUGUGGGGCGCUACAAGGCCCUUGUCGACUUGCGCCAGUCCAAGGGCUCCCAAGGAAUAUCAAUGGCGGGUUUCUUGAGCUGGUUUAUAUGGCGUUCGGCAUACUUGACGCGGGUGAUCAGCUGGAGGAACAGUUCGCCGGAAACAUCUUUUGGAUCUAGGGUUUCAUGUAUGGAAGUUUUCAAAGAGAGGAUUAUGAACCGUUCGUCUCCAGUUUCAGGCGAGGACGGCAUCCAAGAAUUGCAGGGCGAAGAAUAUCUGGCAUUUCAGUUUCCACCCAACCCUAGAAAUAAGGAGGAGACAGAUUCGGGUGCCAUACAGGUCAAUGGGUUUGAUAUUGGAAAUAUUCAGGUGGAUAGUUUGAGGAGACAUGUUGGUCUGGUCUCUCAAGAUAUUACAUACAUGGCGACUCCGGGAGAGAAGAAAACCAACGGCGACACCGGCGGUAAUGGACGCGGCGGCAAUACUGGCAGAGGCGGCGCUGCUGGACAGCAGCAGCAUUCUGCUCAUGUGGCGACGGCAGCACUGCCUGGAGGCAGUACCAGUGGCGAGUCCUCUGCCAGGGAAGUCAUUCCCUCUUUAUCUGUCGAGCAAUGGGAGACGUUCAAGGCACUUCUAGCCUCUGUCAAGGAAGUUCCGUCUGAAAAAUUGUUAGUAGCCGAACCACACAUGAUGUCCCUAGAUGAUGAAGAUGAUGUGGGGCUACAGCAUCUACCAGCAAGGGGGGUAGUGUUUCUGCUCCAAAUAGGACGUCUGAUCCUGAGACAGAAGCUGCCCAGCCGAAUCUCUCAACGACGGCAGAUCCUGAGACAGAAGCUGCCAGCCGCUGUUGUCCACUCACUGUCCAGUAGCCAUCAUCUAGCCGCUGUCUUCAGACACCCAGCAGCCAGCACCGUCCAGCAGUCAUCCAGCACCGUCCAGCACAGUCCAGCACUGUCUAGCAGCCAUCUACCAGUGUUGAACCAGCGCCUAAUUUGGGUCGUGGUCACCGUCAAAGAACACCGAAUGCCUUUCUUAAAAGUAAACAGAAAUCUAGAUAUUGGUCACAAGAAAUUUAUGUUGAAUUGUGUUAAGGCUAAUAUGGGAAUAAUGAAGUCCUACCGCCUUUUCAAAGAGACUGUAGGUGGUUACGAUAAUAUUGGAGCCAUGGCUGUUGACUUUAAGAAUUUUAAACGAGACCUCAAAGCUUACAUUACCGGUGGGGAUGCACAAAUGGUUAUCGACAAGCUGUUUAGAAAACACGAGACUUGUUCUGCAUUUCACUUUGAAUACGACGUUGAUGAUAACGACCAACUUACAAGGUUAUUCUGGUGUGAUCCUGUUGCUAGGAAAAACUAUGCCAUGUUUGGUGAUGUAGUCUCGUUUGAUGCGACUUAUGAGACCAACAGGUACAAUAUGAUAUUUGCACCAUUCACAGGCGUCGAUAAUCAUCGAAAAUGCAUUACAUUUGCUGCUGGGUUGAUCAACAAAGAAGAAGAUGAAUCUUAUGCUUGGCUUUUCCGUUGUUUUCUAAAUGCAAUGGGUAAUGCCCCUAAAUGCAUCAUUACUGACCAAGACCCUUCUCUUCGAUGUGCCGUGAAACAAGGAUUUCCAGGAACCGUUCACCGUUAUUGUAUGUGGCACAUCAUGAAAAAUGUUGUUAAGAAGGUGGAUGACAAUUUGCUUAAGGAUGCAGAUUUUUUGUCCAAACUCAACGCCAUCAUCUGGAGUCACUAUCUCGAGCCAGUUGAUUUUGAAACAGGGCAAAAUUUUAGCCUGGUGGAGCUUCUUAUGCAGUUUGAAAGUGCCAUGGAAUCUCAACGUCAUAAAAACGCGGACUACAAUGCAGACGAUGAAGCAUGCUACCCAGAGUUUAAAACUCCAUUAGAUAUUGAGAAGCAUGCAUCCUCGGUUUACACAUUCACUAUUCUCUACGAUGUUCAAGCCGAGAUAUGUGUAGCAUGCUUCUCUUGUAGAGUACUUCAAGUUGAAGAACUUGACGACCAACACAACCAAUACAUAGUCAAGGACAACAGGGCUGUUGAAGGGAAAAAAACAGCAUUGAACCUUUUGUGGUCGGAUAUUCACUACUGUGUUGCAGCUGCCGAACAAAAACCAGACUUAUUGGAUGGAUUUUCAAAGGUCAUUCAACAGCAAAAGAACAUCCUCCAAAAUGCACUUCAGUCUAAUCUUACUUCACCACAAGACCAGAUAUUUGAGUCAUUCUAUGGCACAUCUGCACCAUCAAACAUUACUACACUCCCCCCCCCAACAAGUACACAACAAGGGCGGUGGGAAGAGAAUCAAAAGCGCUUUGGAGAUUAGCAUAGAGCAAGGAAAGAAGAACAAGCGAAUGUGUAAAACCUGCCGUGAUAUGGGAUACCAUGAUAGUAGAAAUUGCCCACUGAAUAAACAUUAAUGAAUUAU